GACUCGUUAACUGUUUUUCAAACGGUCGCGAUAUGUGUAGCAUUGAAUACGAUGCGGAGGUCUCCGCCCUGCCCAAACACUUGGAUAUAUCCUUUUUCGAGGAGGUCCUGGACACCGCCCUGCGAACUUCCAAGGCCAAAGUGCUGUCCAUUCACAUCAAAAUGGGAAGCAACACUGGCGAGAACUACUGCAGCCAAAUCUAUAGGACAAAAAUAUCCUUCCAACUUCCCGGUAAACCUGUGCAAACAAUGAUGUUCAUUGUGAAGAGUAUUCCGCGACUGGAAUCGGUGGAGUUUAUCGAGGACUUGCAGGUCUAUCUGAAGGAGAAAGUUACGUAUUACGAUGUCCUUCCCCGUCUGGAGCUACUGAUGAAGUGCAAGCAGCGUUUCGGUCCCAAACUUUAUCAUUGCAUUAAGCAGCCGGAAAGCACCAUGGUUUUUGAGGAUCUAGGCCAUUUGGGCUACGUGAUGGCCUCCCGCGAAUUAGGUUUGGACGAAGAGCACUGUCGUUUGGUCAUGGAACGCCUAGGAGAGUUCCACGCCACUUCUAUGGCACUGGCGGAGCUGGAUCCACACAUAUUUGAAGCUUACAGUGACGGAAUGCUAUCUCCCCAAGGAUUGGCUAAGGGUGAUGGCUUACUGAUGAGCUUCUUCUCGGGCAACGGUCAGGAGCUUCUCAAUCUAGUGAACACAUGGCCUGGAUUCGAACGCAUAGCUGGAAAGAUUGCCAAAUACCUGCAGAACCACAGGGCCAACCUGGAACGCAGCCAGGCGCCGCAGGAUAAGGAGAUCAGGGUCCUCAACCACGGAGACCUAUGGGUCAAUAAUAUGAUGUUCAAGUACGAUGGAAACAAGCGGCCCCAAGACCUAGUCCUCAUCGACUUCCAGAUGAGCGUGUGGGGCAGUCCAGGCAUCGAUCUCAACUACUUCUUCUACACCAGUCUUAACUUGGAGGUCCUGCGUCACAAGCGGCCCCAGUUACUUCACGUCUACCACUCCCGACUGGCGGAGACGCUGCGAAACCUCGAAGUGAACGUCCCAGUGCCUAGCUACGAACAGAUCCUGGAAGAAGUGCAUCGCCGGGAGGCCUACGGAUUCUUUGCAAACUACGGCAUCUUUCCCACCAUCAGCCAGGACAAGUCCCAAACUGCGGACAACAACCUGGAGAGCUUUAAGGAUGCCGACUUUGCCAAGCAAAAGUUGCGCCAAAUGUUCAGUUCCCGUCGACUGGCAGACACACUUCAGUACACGCUGCCACACUUUGAGCGGGCUGGUGUAUUAGGAUAGUUUAGAUAGAAUUCCAUAUUAAGGUUUAAGUUGGGUUUAAUAUUUCAGUCCUAAAGAUCUGUGUAUCUGUGUUAGCUUCCCCCCUCCAAUAAAAACAAUAAUCAUAAAUCAAAUCUAUAAUAUAUUUUGUUACGUGAAUUUUAGAGUCAUUGUUAAAAUUGCACAUGUUUCGUAUUUGUAUUGAAAUCACCAAGGGAGUCAAAAGAAAAUGCUUGUAAAAAAUUACUUUAAAUUAAUCUGCACACAUACAAUAUAAUGUCUUGCCCACAAUGAACAGUCCGGGUAAAACUGGGCAAUCAAUUAAACUAGACCUAUACAUAAAUUUUUA